AUGAAAGAAAAAAAUACUCUCAUCCCUGGAUAUGAAGCAAAAUUAUUGUCUGAAUAAAGUGAAUUAAAUUUUUUAAGUUCAAGGGUGAACUACAGUAAAUCAAUAUUUCCAAAGACAUCCCCAUUUUAAGCUGAUUUUUAUUUUUUUCCUACAAACGAGAAAAAGCAGUUCAAUUAUGAAAAGAAAAAUGAAUUUGUGAGGAAAUUUGUAGAUAACAUGUUAGAUCUAAUAUGGAAAGUGAAAAAAAUAAAAAAUUUUCAUUUGACCUUAAUAGGAGACUAAGGGUCUUCAGAUGAAUUUAUUUAAAAAAAAAAGUCAUCCACGUUUACUUAAUUAAAUCAAAAACACUUAAGACUUAUUUUAGAUUUAGAAUAAACAAUAAAGAAUAAGGUGGAAAAACUACCUUUAAUACAUCCUGGUUAAUAUAUAAAAGUUAUUUGGGAUAUAGUAGCUGUAAUUGCAAGAUUAUAUUUUUUGUAUAUAAUCCCUAUUGAUUUAGCUUGGGUUACUUAAUAAUUUAUAUUUCAUGAUUUUAAAUACAUUUCAAUACUGUUUCUGCUUAUUUUAAUUUUUGAUUUGUUAAUUAGUUUAAAUACAGUUUACUUUUAAAAUGGAGAAGCUGUUACAUCUAGAAUUAUGAUUGUGAAACACAGUCUUUAUAACACCUAUGGAUUAUAGUGGUUAUCAGUAUUUUAAUUAUUAAUUUAUUUCAUAAUUGACAGAUAUAUAAAUAUAUCAUUAGAUAUUGAUAAUAAUGUAAUAAAUAUAGGUUUGCUAAUAUUUUUAGUUCAUCAUAAAACAAUAAUAAAUUAUGCAAAAAAUUAUGAGGAAGGAUUAAAUAUCUCUAAAAAAACAUCAUCUAUAUUUGCUUUAUUUAAAUUGAUAGCUUUUUUAUUUUAUGUGAUUCAUUUAUUUUCUUGUUUUUGGUUUUGGGUAAAUUAUUAAUAAUAAUUUAGGUUGGAAGAUAUAGUAUCGAGAAUUAUGAUGGAAAGAGUUGGAUUAUGUCAACUAAUAUGUUUGAAUAGCAUUGGAAUACAUAAUAUCUUUAAUCCUUUUAUUAUACAGCAGUAACAAUCUUCACAGUUGGAUAUGGAGAUGUAACUCCAUAAUCUAACAUAGAGAAAGUAGUGACUAUUGUGUUAAUAAUGAUAUCUAGUAUUUAGCUUCCUUAUAGUGUUAAUACAGUUGGAAAUAUAAUUACAGAAAUGACAGCAUUUUCAGAAGAAAGAAAAAGGAAGUUAAGGAUUAUCAAUUCUUAUAUGAAUAAGGGUAGGAUGUCAACUGGUUUAUAAAUGUAAAUCAGAUAAUAUCUUACAUAUUAUUGGGAAAACAUAGUUAUAUCUUAAUCUGAAGAAGAGAAAGAGAUAAUCGAUAGUUUAUCUGAGUUUUUGAGACAAUAAUUAAUUACUGAAGCUCAUUAGAAAAUAUUUGAUUAAUGCACAUUGUUUAAGAUACCAUUUAGUGAAUUAUUCAAACAACAAUUAAUUAAAGAAGUAGAGGAAGUGCUUCUUACUCCUGAAUAAGACUUAAAAUCAGCAAAUGAUAUUUUUUUGUAUUAUAUAGAAGAUGGUUCAAUUUAAAUUUGUUUAUAAUAAGGUAGAAAGAUUAAUUUAGGAGUUGUUAAUAAAGGAGCUUCAAUAGGUAUAAAGAACUUUAUAAUGGGAACUGAGUCUUUAGAGACCUAUAAAAGUGUUGGAUUUACGAAGGCAAUGGUUUUAAAAAGGAAAAACUUUCUUAAAAUAUUAUAAGAGCACCCAGAUGAUUAAGAAUUAUUUUGUGCUGUAAGAGAUAAAAUGGUUUUAUAUUAAGAUGAUUAAUAUUUUACUGUUUCUUGUUUUUCAUGUGGAAAGGAAUCUCAUAAAUUAAUUGAAUGCCCAUUAAUUAAAUUUGUACCAAAUAAGGAAUUUAUUAUUAAAAAAUAUCUUUUUCCCCAAAAAUAAUCUAGCAAACCAUAUGUAAGAACAAAAAAAAAAACAAAAUCAUUAAUCCUAGAUAAAAAAAGACUUGAAUAGUCAGCUCUUUUAAUCUAAAAAGAAGAUCCUAUUUUAUUUUAGUUAUAUAAAUUUGAUAAUAUGUAUAAUAUAGAUGAAGAAUAAUAAUAAAAACGAAACAUAAGAUUAGCAACUUCAUUUUAACACAUUGAUAAUUAAAAUCCAUAAAUUAAAAAGAGAGAGAGAUAUUUUUCAAUAUAAGAUUAGAAUUAAAAAAUAAUUAAAAAAAAAUUUUAGCGUCUUGUCAAUAAAUUGAUAUCAAUAAAUAAAAUAUAUCCUUAUUUUUUAAUUUAAACAUAUGUUCAAUAUGAAAAAUAGAUUGAAUAACGAUAAAUUAAUAUGACCUUAUAAAUUUUGGAAUAAAGAUGUAAGAAUAUUCUAUAAUUUGAUAACAAACAGUUUUAAAAAUAUUCUAGUGAUAUGUCAUUAAUUAUAUAAAAAUUAUCAAAUAAAUAGUAUAUUGAUGAUUAAGAUUUUGAAAGUCCAUAAACAUUUAAGUUUUAUUUUAGAAAAGAUAAUUUUUCAGUGGUCAAAUAGAAAAAUUUUCUCUAAAAUUUAAGUAUUUUAAAAAAGUUUAUCUAAUAUGUCCAAUACCCAGGAGAUUUAAUUAGAUAAUUUAACUUAACUUAAAUUGGAUUUUUCUUAUUAAUGAGUAGAAGAAAGCCAGUGAUAUGUUUUUCAGCUGACCAUAUUAUAAAAUGA